AUGGCUCGGAGUGUUUUUGUGUCAAACUCAUCUCUUUUGCAACCAACGUGCCUGCCCCAGCAAAUAUCAAGGCAGUUCUCUAUGCUUGAGAGGGGUGUAUUGUCAGAUCGACAAUCAGGAAAGGCUUCUAUAGCGGCACCGAUUGCAACAAUAAAUUCCGAGAUGAGAUCUGGUACUAUAGUUGCACCAGUGGUGGUGACAAAGGCCACAACUAGUUUCAAUUUGGCUCGCAUGUGGAGAGAGAUUCAAGGUUCAAAUGAUUGGGAAGAUCUUGUUGAGCCAUUGAAUCCACUCCUCCGAGAAGAGAUCAUAAGGUAUGGAGAAUUUGUCGCAGCAUGCUACAAGGCAUUCGAUCUCCACCCAAGAUCAAAACGCUACUUGAAUUGUAAGUAUGGAAAGAAUAGCAUGUUGAAAGAAGUUGGCAUGGAGGGUUGUGGUUACAGGGUAACCAAGUACAUCUAUGCAACCCCCAACAUAAAUAUUCCCAUCCAAAAUUGGACUUCUUGUAGCCGUUGGAUUGGAUAUGUCGCAGUCUCUUCUGAUGAUCAAGUCAAGAGGCUGGGAAGAAGAGAUGUAGUCAUAGCCUUCCGUGGAACUGUUACAAACAGUGAAUGGAUUGCGAAUUUCAUGAGUUCAUUGACUACUGCGCGGUUAGACCCUCAAAAUCCACGGCUCGACGUUAAGGUGGAGUUGGGCUUUCUGAACUUGUAUACUUCAGCUGAUGAUAGCACUUCCAAGUUCGGCCAUGGAAGUUGUCGAGAACAGCUUCUAUCUGAAAUAUCACGAAUUAAAAAUGAGUACAAGAAUGAGCAGCUGAGCAUUACAGUGGCUGGACAUAGCAUGGGAAGUGCUCUAGCCUUGCUUCUUGCAUAUGAUAUUACAGAGCUUGGGUUGAACAAAACCCAAUCAGACCAUGGAAUACCCACUACAGUUUACUCAUUUGGGGGGCCGAGGGUUGGGAAUUCCAGCUUCAAGGAGAGAUGCAAAGAACUUGGAGCGAAGGUUCUGAGGAUAGUGAAUGUGAAUGACCCCAUCACCAAGCUUCCUGGGGUUUUUCUCAAUGAGAAUUUUAGGGUUCUAGGAGGAAGAUAUGAGCUUCCUUGGAGUUCUUCAUGUUAUGCCCAUGUGGGAGUUGAGAUAGCUCUUAAUUUUAUCAAGAUGCAAAACCCUUCAUGUGUUCAUGACAUGGAGACUUACAUUGACCUAUUGAGAUGCCCUGAAAGGGUGCCAGUUCAUAGGGGUGAGCCUGAUUUUCUCAACAAGGCUAGGGAAUUCUUCAGUGCAGAAAAGCUGGAAAGGUGGCCAUGGAAAAAUUCUGCAAGAAACAAGGAUAACUUGGUUUAA